UCGACGUAACACCGCCAAGUAGUGACAGUUUUCCGGAGAUGAGAGCGCGCUCCACUGUGACGUCAUUUCACAUUGAAAAGCGUCGAGUUUAACUUUGAGGUCUCCACGCAGGUAGCCUGACCAAGCAGCUCUGAGGCGAAAUGCAGCGAGGAGCGGCGGAGGACCGUGCUGGUAAGGAGAUGGGAACGCCUCGGUGGAUACAAUGUACCCAGAUGCCACAGCUGCGGUGGAAGCAGGAAGAGAUUCUUGCUGCGCAGCACUUCGAUGAGAAACUACAGAGAGUCAGAGAUGAAUUUGUGCAACGAGUGUCUGAAGAAAUGAUCAAUCAACUCUUAGAUAAGCUUUUAACAGAUGGUGUGUUACAAAACGAGGAGAAGGAUUCAGUAUGUGAGAAGAACCUUACUCGAGCCAAUAAGGCACGCUCUCUCAUCGAUGCGGUGAUAAGAAAAGGACAUGAAGCCAGCAUGAAGAUGAUUGCUCACCUGGAAAGUAAAGACCCAAUGCUUUUCCAACAGCUGGGUUUGUCCAGUGCUCAGCCUUCUCAGUCAGCAGCUAAAAGAAAGAAGAAAAUCUGCCCCUCAGAAGAAAAAGCAGCUUGUAAACUACCUCGACAGCAGGACAAGCCAGAUGGAGUGAAAUCAGGGAAAACCCAGAGCCAGGAUUUGUCAGAGAUGCAGCUUCUGCAGGUCGCCCUGCAGCUUGGGCAGGAGUGGAAGCAGGUGGCCAUCUACUUGGGCUUAGAAACCAAGGAUCUGGAGGACAUCGAGGCUGCAGAGAACUGUGUAAAAAUGCGGAAGCUGAAAAUGUUGGUGAAGUGGAAGAGAAGAAGAAAACCAGGACAAGCUACAGCGUACCACCUGCAGAAGAGUUUGGAGGGCAUGGAAGACUUGCCUCACGAAGUUCAUGAGAUACUGACAGAUAUGAUAGACAAUCAAGCUGCUAAAUAAAGCAGGUGUGAAUCCAACAUGUGGCAUAAAGCGAAGUCAACCUGUGGACCAAACCUCAGCUCUUCAGUUUUUGUUUUCUACACAUGAAACAACUUUAGUAACUAGAGAGUAAUAAAGGUGCCUUUGUGUAUGUUUAAGAAAGAGAUUAUUGAGAGGUUUGGUAAAUAAUUAUGUAGUCAGAUGCUGCUGCAAACACAAAAAGUUGAACUUUUGAAGUUUUUGAUAAAACAUUUUGUAAUAUUUUGUUAAAAAAAAUCAGGCCUAAAACCAGGUGUUUCAGUUUCAUUGUCCAACCUUUGUAUGUGCACAUGUAAGAUUUACAGACUGAAUUAUGAAUUUAUUUUGUGUCUUUUUAUUGCCCUGAUUUCGAUGUUCUGUUCAUUUCAUUCAAUUUUAUUAAAAACCUUUUUUCCAAA